CCAACCCGCCUCGCCAGGGACUCGCGCGCCCCGGCCUGUGUUCUCCUGCGCGCAGUGGACGCCGGAGCCGGGAACCGCCGCCGGCCGGGCACCUGAGCAGGAGGAGCCGCCGCCCCAGCGCAGAUGUUACGGCUUACGGUAAACUCCUGAGACCUCCCAGGAGUCUUCCAGCAAAACCAAAGGAAAAGAAAGUGUCCUGAAAAAUGGCUGAUGAUAUUGAUAUUGAAGCAAUGCUUGAGGCUCCUUACAAGAAGGAUGAGAACAAGUUGAGCAGUGCCAAUGGCCAUGAAGAACGCAGCAAAAAGCGAAAAAAGAGCAAGAGUCGGAGUCGGAGUCAUGACAGGAAGAGGAGCAGAAGUAAGGAACGCAAACGAAGUCGUGAUCAUGACAGGAAAAAAAGCAGAAGUCGGGAAAGGAAGCGCAGCCGAAGCAAAGAACGCAGACGUAGCCGUUCUAGAAGCAGAGAUCGCAGAUUUAGAGGCCGCUAUAGGAGCCCAUAUUCUGGUCCAAAAUUCAACAGUGCCAUCAGAGGGAAGAUUGGUCUGCCUCACAGCAUCAAAUUAAGCAGACGGCGCUCCAGAAGCAAAAGUCCAUUCAGAAAAGACAAGAGCCCUGUCAGAGAGCCAAUUGAUAAUCUAACCCCUGAAGAGAGAGAUGCUCGAACAGUAUUCUGUAUGCAACUAGCUGCAAGAAUUCGGCCAAGAGACUUGGAAGAAUUUUUCUCUACUGUAGGAAAGGUUCGUGAUGUGCGAAUGAUUUCUGAUAGAAAUUCCAGACGUUCUAAGGGAAUUGCUUAUGUAGAAUUUGUUGAUGUUAGUUCAGUGCCCCUGGCAAUAGGACUAACUGGACAGAGAGUUCUGGGGGUACCAAUCAUAGUACAAGCAUCACAGGCCGAGAAAAACAGAGCAGCAGCAAUGGCCAAUAACCUACAAAAGGGCAGUGCUGGUCCUAUGCGACUCUAUGUAGGCUCAUUACACUUCAACAUAACAGAAGAUAUGCUUCGUGGAAUCUUUGAACCAUUUGGCCGAAUUGAAAGCAUUCAGCUGAUGAUGGAUAGUGAAACUGGACGCUCCAAAGGAUAUGGAUUUAUAACGUUCUCAGACUCGGAAUGUGCUAAAAAGGCCUUGGAACAACUGAAUGGAUUUGAGCUAGCUGGCAGGCCAAUGAAAGUUGGACAUGUAACUGAACGCACAGAUGCGUCGAGUGCCAGUUCAUUUUUGGAUAGUGAUGAGUUGGAAAGAACUGGAAUUGACUUGGGAACAACUGGUCGCCUACAGUUGAUGGCAAGGCUUGCAGAAGGUACUGGUUUGCAAAUUCCUCCAGCUGCGCAACAAGCUCUGCAGAUGAGUGGCUCUUUAGCAUUUGGUGCUGUGGCAGAUUUACAAACACGACUUUCCCAGCAGAGUGAAGUUCUGGCUGCAGCUGCUUCUGUACAACCACUUGCAACACAGUGCUUCCAGCUCUCCAAUAUGUUUAACCCUCAAACUGAAGAGGAGGAUGGCUGGGAUACAGAAAUUAAGGAUGAUGUGAUUGAAGAAUGUAAUAAACAUGGAGGAGUUAUUCACAUCUAUGUAGACAAAAAUUCAGCACAGGGCAACGUAUAUGUGAAAUGCCCCUCAAUUGCUGCAGCGAUUGCUGCUGUCAAUGCAUUACAUGGAAGGUGGUUUGCAGGUAAAAUGAUUACAGCAGCAUAUGUACCUCUUCCAACAUACCACAGCCUUUUUCCUGAUUCCAUGACUGCGACCCAGUUACUGGUUCCUGUUCGACGAUGAAGAUGGAUUUAGUCAGUUUUGUACAUAGUGCUUUUUUCUUUUCUUUUCUUUUUUUCUUUUUGGAGAAAAAUACAGUUAUCUUUUAUUUAGAUAAAACUAAAGGAAAGGGUUUAGUGUCGUUUUGUCUACGCUUCCCGUUACCUUUAAAAAAAUAAUAAAA